CGAAAAGAAAAGGAAAGACGCGGUUUUUUUCUGUUUUUCCACACCGCGCGCGCCGAGCUCUCCAGAAUAAUCUGCAGUCUAUUUCGAGCGCGCGCUGAGUAAGGCGAACCACGCUCCCCUUGCGAUGGUCCCAACACUGAGCUGCACGCCUUUAAAUAAAAUAAUAAAACAACUUUCGCGCUUUUAGACGCACAAAAUGGAGUCUGGUAGGCAGGAAGAACGUGACCGGAUCGAGCCGGAGAUUCAGGACGACGGGACAGAGGCUAGAAACAUCGAGGACGAUGAGGUUGAGGAACUACACAACAGUUUAAAGGAAGUAGUCCAGGAUCCGGCUGUAAAGCCCAAAUUCCAGUGCCUGAUGGUGGACCCGUCGUUCUCCAUGGUGACCGUACAGAGCGAGGACAGUGGGAUUGUAUGGGAGACUGCAUCAAGCAGGUGCUCGACGCCAUGGGCCUCAGAGGCCAGCUCUCCAUCGGAUUCGUACAGCCUGGAGGGUUCGGGGACACAGGGUAAUAUAGUUAUCAUCAUGGAUGACGACAAGGUGAGGAGAAGGAAAAAAACAAGCAGCAGAGGGAAGUUGGGUGACAGGUUUCGUAGACCAGGGUCCAGAUUGUCGGGUCCUGCAAUAGGAGAGGAGAGACCUGCAAUGAUUGAAGUAUCUGUGCCAAAUAUAAGAUGUGAAGACUCAGAGGAUGGUCAAACAACAGAAGGAAAACCAGACAAGGAUCAAGAGCUAUUUAACCUGAUUUCGGAGGGUUUCGAAAUCCUCAAUAUUGUAGUACCAUCUAAACUUCCUUCCGUGGAUGAGGAAUGCAGUACAGAAUUGACAGACAAUUUGUCCUACUUGGAGGACACUCCAAAGAUCAAAACAAAAUGCAAACCUGAAAGCCUAGCUCCCACCACCAUUCCUGAGGUCAUGGUGGACAUUCAGGAAAUAAAAGAUGAUAGUCAAAAAGGCUUAUCACAGACCCCUGCUAAUGAGCAGCUCAAGAAAGAUGAAACUGAUAUGGACUACUUGGAGAAAUUCACACUGCUAGAUCAACAUGCACCAGAUGAUGAGUCUGAGAAGCCUGAGCCUACACAAGGUAUCGAGCAAGAGGAACCUCAGGUGCCGAAGGAAGAAAAGCUGGAGGACACAGUUGAUGAGAAUUCCUUCGUCAUUGUCAGUGAGGUCGAAAUUGCAGAUGAUCAUCUAGAUGAAGUGUUUUAUGGAGCAAGUUGCAAUGCAGAACGUGAACUUCCAUCACACCAUAAAGAAGACAAAGAACAUGCAAGUGGGAGCUUUAAAACGCUCAAAGAGUGUGGUUCCACUUUAUUUGGCAGCCAGGAGACUAUCCUUACUCCGAUUUUCCUUCCCUCUGGCCCACCCAAGAUCAUAGAUCAAGAUCUCCUUGAUGAACCAAGAGCAAUGUCGUUCCAUUACUCAGAUCUUUAUGAAGAUGCUACUGGAGACAGAAAAAAGGAUGAUGACGCCUCAGAUAUCGAAAGUGUUGUUUCCGAAAAGUCAUUUAAAAGACGUUAUUCCGAUUCAGACGAUGGAGACGGCUACCUGGAGAAAUUCAUAUUGAAAGACGACACUCCUGCGGUUGAAGAUGUACAAGAAGUUGAUCGUCCCGAGGGUGACAGAGUGAUAUGGCCACGAAAUAAAUUUGAAAUGACCGGAUGUUUAAGUCGUGUUAAGGAAGAUGAUGCUCCCCAAGAAGAGAAUGUUGGUGUCAAUCAAACGGCGUUAGAGAGCGAACAUGUUAUAAAAGAUGAAUGCCAGCCUUCAUAUUCAUCAAAGGACUGUGAAGAAUGUGAUGGACUGAAAACUGGCUGUAUGACCGUUAAAAGUGUUUCAGAGACGUUAGACGGAUGUGAAGAUUGUGAUAUGAAAACUGGCUGUGCAAUCCAAAAAAUCGUCUCAUCCGAUAACCUCCCUUUUAAAAUAAACGAGGUACUUAAAACAGCAAAUCAUGAAUCAGAUAAAUCUAUAUCCAUAGAAGAUGGGAAACCAAGCGACGUUCGGGAAUUAAAGCACACAGACAAACAGGUUUCCAGACGUUCCGUGGAAGAAAAAUCGACUGAAUUGAAUGAUAGACUUGAGAUUCUGCCGCAACAGCCGACAGAUGACAAAAAGGUGACUGAUAAGGCAGCUGAGCCUCAAGAAACCAUUAUUAUUACCAAGGAAGAAGCACUAAACAAGGAUCAGCAAGUUACAACUACAACACAAGACAUAAGUAAACCGAAUUUAGUGAAGGAUAUACAUGUAAAAGAUACGUCAGAAACAACUAUAUCUGAAGAAACCAGUCAAAAAAAGGUGUGUGACCCAGAGAAAUGUGAAGAUGUGACCAGGCACUCUGGUGAAAAAAUGACAGUUCCUGAACCUGAAUAUCAAGUGAAAGUUAGUAAAGCAAUACUGGAAAGCAAAUCUGAAGUUCUCCAGAGUAGGAAGAUACCUGCUCUAGAGGAAGACCUGAGAGAUACUACAGUCCAGUUCAUUUUACCUGAAAGUGGGAAGCAGGAGCAAGUCACUGACAAAACUAUGGUACCAGAGGUGGAAGGCCACAGUACAAGUGAAGCUGAAAGCAGUGAAGUCGAAACUGAUUUUAAAACUCUAAGUGAACAGAAGGUUUUGGAGGAAUUACCGGUAAGUGAAGCAGAUACAACUGAAGUGAAAGGUGAAGAAAUCAAGCUACAGGAACAGACUGAGAAAGACACAGUGCCAGUGUUUGAUAGAAAGACUUCAGUUACAGACAGGGGAACAAUAGAGAACACAGAAACAGUAGAUUCCGCCUCGGCUGUGGAAAGUCUAAAUAAUGUAGCUAAGUGUGUCUUUCCACCUAAGAAGAAAGAGGGUGAGUUGGGGGAAAUGGAGAAAUACUCAGAGAUACCAACAGGUUAUGAUAAAAUCCUAGAGAUCUCAGGCGAAACCAAAGAGGCUGAACGUGAUGCUGUAACACUAACACAAGAAAUUCCUGUAGCAUGUCCUUCUGCUCCAGAAAUCACAGAAAGAAAUCUGACAGCAGCAGUGGUUGAUGAGGAAGAGAACCUAGAGCUGGCUCAUGUUUUAAAUGACUCACAUGCUGAGAUUAAGAUGAUUUCACUCAUUCCUGCAACGGAAACUGAUGACUCAUCCAAAGUUACUGUGCCACCACCUGUAAUAAAGGAAGAAGACAGUGAAAUAAAGGAUGUAGCAAUAGACAGAAGUAACUUAGAGACCACUGGUGAGGCCCUUAAGCCUGUAUAUACAGUACCUGCAGAUGGUGUCUCUAAAGUGUCGGUACAAGCGGUAGAGGGAAAAAAUGAAGGUAAAUCGAAAAAAAUACUUCUAAAGGACACACGCAAAGAAGAGUUAUGGAGAACUCUGGAGCCUGCAAGUCCUUCCCCUCCAGUGGAGAUACAGAACUCAAUGAGGGUUUCACCUUUAGAAGAAGUAGAAUACAUUAAAGAGAAUGAUAACUUUGCCGUGGAUCGAAACAUAAAACGGGACAAAGGCCCCUUUUCAACUUUACGGAGUUUCAGCCCACUGGAAGAUCUCUCUGGGUUUGGCCGUGAUUCGGCAGAGCCUGAUUUGCGAAAGGAACUGUACGAGGAGCUAGAGUAUGAGAUGGUCACCGAGCAAGAUGCAAGACACUCAGAGACUGAAGUAACUGUAGGUAAAGAAAGAUAUCAGGACCGUGGCCAGGAUCAAUCUCCAGAGCCAACAAUUGAGGCAGACUAUGAGUUUAUUGAGGAUUUGGAUGGCACCCAAAUAUCAGAGAUCAGGCAAUUGAAGGAAAAAGGGGCAAUUCAGCCAAUGGAUGCAUUCUGCCUUGUCUGCCGUUGCCCAAUAUUAAUGACUGAUGGCGGCCAUGAAAAUCAUGAAGUGUCAACGUUGGAAAAAGCAUUUGAAGACAUUAAGAAUCAGUUGAGUAACUGGAUAUCAGUUUUACAAGAAAAAUCGGAAAAUAUUGAAGAUAUGGUAUCCGAACUCGAGCUGGCGUACAACUCUGUGGAGGAACAAUGCAAGGACGGCGAGAAAGCCCUGGAUGAACAGAAUGAGGAGAUGAUGAAGCUGGUGAUGGAGCGGUAUAAUGAAAUGUCUCAAACUAUGGAGGAGGAGAAAAAGGCCAGACUUGAGCAGCUUUACGAUCAAAUUGUGUCUUUCCAAGAGAACACUGACUCAGCCAAAGAGACGAUGGAGACGGCAACAAAAGAGAUGGAAGAGACUGACGAGUUAGCGUUUUUGUCGUCAUACAGAGACAUUGAUAUGAGGUUACAAACAGCUUUAGACUCAGCCAUGUCUCUAGAGCUUGGCCCACGAGGUUUGCUCGUGUUUGAAGAUUAUGCCAAAGGCACCACAGGAAACGAGAAGAAAAACCGUCAAGUGAUUCCAGUGCCCCAGCAACCCCAUCUUCAGCCGCAGGAGGCUAAUUCUGCCACAGGCACCUCCGUCACAGUGUACUGGACAGUGAACGAAGGAGACAUCAUCGACUGUUUCCAAGUCUACUGCAUGGAAGAACCUCAAGGAGCCGUGUCGGAGGAGUACAGGGUGACAGUGAAGGAGAGUCAUUGUAAUCUAGAAGAGCUGGAGCCAGAUAAGUGCUAUAAGGUGUGGGUGAUGGCAGUGAACUACACGGGAUGCAGCCUGCCCAGUGAGAGACUUUCUUUCAGAACAGCCCCAUCUGUUCCAGUGAUUAACCCAGACGCCUGUACAGUGUUGUGGGACUCUGCUACAAUCCGCUGGAGCUCAUCUCAGCCCAGUUCUGCGGAGAACUUCACUCUAGAGUACUGCCGCCAAUACGCACUGGAGGGAGAGGGCCUCAGGUCUGUGUCUGGGAUAAAAGGCUGUGAGCACAAGGUCCAACUGCAGCCCAAUGAGAACUUCCUCUUUUACAUCAAAUCAGUGAACAGUGCAGGAGCCAGUGACCAGAGCGAAGCAGCUCUCAUCUCCACACGAGGUACCAGGUUCCACUUACUGAGUGAAACAGCUCAUAUGGCACUUAAGGUUUCCGAGGACAAGAACUCUGUGAAGUAUCCGGUGGAAAACUACAAUAAGAUGUCCGAACUUAUCGAAUGUCCAGCAGUGAGAGGCGAGCUGCUACCUCGUGUUGGAUGUCACUACUGGGAAACCGUGGUGGUUGGCUGUAAAGCCUACCGCAUUGGUGUUGCUUAUCAUACAGAACCACAAGACAGCACAGUGGGUGACAGCAGCACCUCCUGGUGUCUGCACUGUGUACCCACAUCCAUCAGUUGUAGGUUCGAGCUGCUCCAUGACAGCGUGGAAUCGGACAUCUUUGUGACGGAAGUUCCUGCUCGUAUCAGCACUCUACUGGACUUCACACAGGGCCACUUGGUCUUCUUCAACGCUCAGAAUGGCCAGUGUCUGGGCUCGUUCCAGCACGCCUUCAGCCAGCCCUGCUACCCCGUAUUUACCCUGGAGAGACCUGGUAACCUGGAGCUUAAAAUGACCAUGGAGGUCCCAGAGAUUGCCAAACACUGGUAG